AUAAAGAUGACUUGUUGAAAUAUCAAGUGUAAACAGCAAUAUUCAUUGGCGUGAACCAGUGUGUAAUAUCUUCAAGCCACCAGACCAAACCAUGUCUGUCACCAUCAUCUUAUUCUACGUGUUCAUCACGGCCUUCAUGCUGCUGUCGUACAACCCAAAGCCCCGCAAAAUACUCGAGUCGAUCAAGAGCUUUCUGUUGCAUUUGGUUCAUCUGAGCAAAAAUGUAGUUUCAACGACGAUACACGUCCCACCGGAUGCCAUGCAGAUGGAUCAAGCUGAACCGGUGUAUACCGUAUGGGACAUUCCGGGGCCAAAACGGUUGCCAUUGGUUGGGACGAGAUGGAUGUACUACGUAGGGCGCUAUAAGCUCAACAAAAUGCAGGAUGCGUUCGUGGAUCUCCACAAACGUUACGGCAACAUCGUACUGGAAUUCGAUCACGUGCCAAUCGUGAACCUCUUUGAUCGAGUUGAUAUGGAGAAGGUACUGAAGUAUCCUAGCAAGUAUCCUUACCGACCGCCGACGGAAAUAGUGGAGUACUACAGAAGAAGCCGACCGGAUCGAUUUGCCAGCACCGGAAUUGUGAACACACAAGGCGAACAGUGGCACGAGCUGCGCGUCAAGCUCACCUCAGGUAUCAUGUCCCGCAAGUUACUGCAAGCAUUCAUUCCCACGCUGAACGAAAUUGCCGACGAAUUUGUGACUCUAAUUCGCCAGAAACGUGACAGUAACGACUGUGUAAAGGAUUUCCAGGACAUUGCGAACACCGUUGGACUUGAAAUUAUUUGCUGCUUUGUGCUGGGCCGCCGUAUGGGCUACAUGAGCGGAGACAAGCAAAAGAACGAGAAGUUUGUAAAAUUGGCCGAAGCCGUGAAAUCGACCUUCAUGUACAUCAGUCAAAGCUACUACGGAGUGAAGCUGUGGAAGUACCUGCCGACCAAACUGUACCGCGACUAUGUGCGUUGCGAGGAAAUCAUUUAUGAUACAAUCGCCGAAAUCGUGAAUGAAGCACUUGCCGAAGAACAGGAGAAAUGUGCGGACGAUGAUAUGCGAGGAAUUUUCCUGAACAUACUGCAAUCUGAGGGGCUCGAUAAGAAGGAUAAGAUCGCCGGGAUCAUAGAUUUGAUUCAUGCUGCCAUUGAAACGUUUUCCAACACUCUUUCAUUUUUGCUGAACAACAUGACCAGCCAUCCAGAACGUCAGGCGCGUAUUGCCUCCGAGUUCACCUCCGAUACAAUCACCAACAAUGAUUUGGUGAACGCCGCCUUUACCAGAGCGUGCAUCAAGGAAUCGUACAGAAUUUCACCCACAACACCCUGCUUGGCUCGAAUUCUCGAAGAAGACUUCGAUCUCUCGGGUUAUCAGCUCAAAGCUGGGACGGUAGUAUUGUGCCAUACACGGGUAGCCUGUCAGAAUGAGCAAAACUUCCAGCAAGCUAACACGUUUCUACCGGAGCGAUGGCUUGAACAGGUGGACGAAAACCAAAACGUUUACAAGCUGGACGAACCGGGAUCGUCUUUGGUGCUUCCAUUCGGAACUGGUCGAAGAAUGUGUCCGGGGAACAAGAUCAUCGAAAUCGAACUGACGCUCAUAAUGGCCAAGAUUUUCCAGCAAUUCAAGGUGGAGUACCACAGUCAACUGGACACGCAGUUCCAAUUUCUGUUAGCGCCAGGGACGCCAAUUGAGAUUAUUUUUAGAGAUCGGGACUGACCAACAUUGGAAGUAGUAUAAGUUUUUUCUUCAGAUAGAUUCCCUUGAAGCAUCCUGAAACCUGUUAACUAUUGUGAUUAAGUGUUUUAGUGUUAACCUGCUAGUGAUAGGACAGUACUCUGAUACAAAGCAAAAGGAGACAAAGCGAUAGAAUCAUAUUGAUUAUUUCUGUUUAAACAGAUUGUUGAUCUGUGUACUAUUUACAAAGCGAUUGUUCCCCAAGGGUCUGAGCAAUUCAAUAACGUACAUGUUUAUAUUGUAAACUUUUUUGUAGUGCUUUAAUUUAUUACCUUUGUACAAAUCUUUAAGAUAUAUCGAUACUUCAAUAAACUUGACUUGAAAAUAUUCAUAUAAA